UUUACUUGUAUUAUAAAAAUUUAAGGUGCUUUAAAUAUAUUUAAUGAAUAUUAAUUGCAGCAAGAUGGAGGAGAUGCCGCAAGAGAAGACAUUAGAUUGGAAGAGACCAGAUCAAGUGAUGAAAUUGCAUAAAUUCAAACUCCGAAAAUUUGCUUUACAAGCAAGAUUCAGUGGAAACUCAAAUCACAACACUUUAUCACCUAAUAAUUUGUCAACUGCAAAUUAUGAGAUUGAAAAAAAGCGUAAAAAUCCAUUCUUAAAAAAAGAACAAACUAAAAAACUAAAAGAGUCUCCUCCUGACUUGGAGAAUGUCAGUGCAGAUAGUACAUUCGACUUAUUGAAUAUACAGACAUCAAACAGCUAUAAAGACGUGGAUAUUUAUAAGACAAAUGCUAUGAUAGAUAGUAGCUUAACCGAUUCACUGCAAUUAGCCAUUUCAGGAACGCACAUCGAAGAGCCUAGAGGAAAAAAAUACAUGCCAAUUGAUUGGACUUUAAAAACCAAGUUACGACUCAUGUGUCCAAAACCAUUUUCUUGGAAAGGGAAGUUAAAAGCGAGCGAGGAGGCAUCCGGUACUACAGGCUUUGUAAGGCGUUUAGAUAUUGGAGAACAACAUACGACCUUAGACACUAGCCCUAACGCCAGAUUUCACCAGUGCUGUUUAGUUUGGCAACAUCCUUCGUUACCAUGGAUGGAACUAUUUCCCAGAUCUCAAGGCAAACUAAACAUUGCAAAUAAUAAUUACGUGGCUAUGAAUCAAUUUAUGAAAGAUGCACUUUAUAAAGAAUGGUGUUGUAGUUUUCGUUCUUUAUUUCAUUUAUUACGAGUAAGACAAUGUCCAUAUUUCUAUGUUUGUGGUAAUAAUUUUACAGUUCUGUUUCGUGCUGCUGGAAUAUGUGGCAUAUCGGAAGUACAGGCCCUUUUAACACCUACUACAAGGGGGUUGCGCGAGUCGUUAAAAAAUGAAGAAAUUCAGUUCACAAUGCCACUAAAAUCUAAGCGCAAAAGUGAAUAUUUCGAAUUGAAUAACAUUGCAGACGAUGAUGAACAGAACGAUAAAUGGUUAAAAAGUGUGGGCAUCGAAGAGUCUGAAAUUCGCAAAAUUAGUUUCUCUCAAUCUAAAGUGCAAAGUGGACGAGAGUGUGACGUAGAUAAUUUACACGAAUCCUUAAUAUUCGUUACUGGUGUGGAGGCACAAGCGUUAUUUAAUUUCUUGAUUAAUUGUAAAACAAUAAUAGUAUCCGUUGGGGCUCAUUCUGGAGUGCCUCCAACUCUUUUAUCGCCCAUUGCAUUCCACGGGGCUACGUUAAGACCUCUACGGGUACGAGAGAGUAUAGUUAGCAACGGGAAAGAAAAAUUCUAUUCGUUAGAAUUGACUGGACCAAUUUUACCUGACGUUUUGCCAUCGUUGUGCUCUCUAAUGACCAGUGAUCAAUUAGAAAAGUUUUCCGUAAGCUGCGCUCAAUUGACAAAUACAAAUGCAUUUACCUUAGCAAAGCACGGAUCGGAAAUAACGGAGGAGAAUAAAACGGAAAAAUUACCGGAAAAUGUAUUUGGACUUGAAAACUUAACAGACUGUGGUUUCAAUAAAAGUAUACUCAGCCACUUUUGUAAUCCUGAUCAAAACAGAAUUGAAAAUUUUGAAAGCCUGACGUGCGAGAAUAACUUGUAUACUUGGUCCUAAAGUACUUUUAAAUUAAUGACCAAACGGGAACU